ACAUUGUCUCUCUUCUGACGUUUUCAGCUGUGAUAGUCGCUUUUGUUCUCGCGAUAUUUCCGGGUACGCGGGAGCCCCGGCGACCCGGGCUUCUGUGAAACAUGGCGGUAGGCUGGGACCAUAACACAAGCAUGACUAUAUGAAGGAAGAGGAAGGUUUUCCUGAAGAUGAGGCGACUGAAUCGGAAAAAAACUUUAAGUUUGGUAAAAGAGUUGGAUGCCUUUCCGAAGGUUCCUGAGAGCUAUGUAGAGACUUCAGCCAGUGGAGGUACAGUUUCUCUAAUAGCAUUUACAACUAUGGCUUUAUUAACCAUAAUGGAAUUCUCAGUAUAUCAAGAUACAUGGAUGAAGUAUGAAUACGAAGUAGACAAGGAUUUUUCUAGCAAAUUGAGAAUUAAUAUAGAUAUUACUGUUGCCAUGAAGUGUCAAUAUGUUGGAGCGGAUGUAUUGGAUUUAGCAGAAACAAUGGUUGCAUCUGCAGAUGGUCUAGUUUAUGAACCAACGGUAUUUGAUCUUUCACCACAGCAGAAAGAGUGGCAGAGGAUGCUGCAGCUGAUUCAGAGUAGGCUGCAAGAAGAGCAUUCACUUCAAGAUGUGAUAUUUAAAAGUGCUUUUAAAAGUGCAUCAACAGCUCUUCCACCAAGAGAAGAUGAUUCAUCACAGUCUCCAGAUGCAUGCAGAAUUCAUGGCCAUCUAUAUGUCAAUAAAGUAGCAGGGAAUUUUCACAUAACAGUGGGCAAGGCAAUUCCACAUCCUCGUGGUCAUGCACAUUUGGCAGCACUUGUCAACCAUGAAUCUUACAAUUUUUCUCAUAGAAUAGAUCAUUUGUCUUUUGGAGAGCUUGUUCCAGCAAUUAUUAAUCCUUUAGAUGGAACUGAAAAAAUUGCUAUAGAUCACAACCAGAUGUUCCAAUAUUUUAUUACAGUUGUGCCAACAAAACUACAUACAUAUAAAAUAUCAGCAGACACCCAUCAGUUUUCUGUGACAGAAAGGGAACGUAUCAUUAACCAUGCUGCAGGCAGCCAUGGAGUCUCUGGGAUAUUUAUGAAAUAUGAUCUCAGUUCUCUUAUGGUGACAGUUACUGAGGAGCACAUGCCAUUCUGGCAGUUUUUUGUAAGACUCUGUGGUAUUGUUGGAGGAAUCUUUUCAACAACAGGCAUGUUACAUGGAAUUGGAAAAUUUAUAGUUGAAAUAAUUUGCUGUCGUUUCAGACUUGGAUCCUAUAAACCUGUCAAUUCUGUUCCUUUUGAGGAUGGCCACACAGACAACCACUUACCUCUUUUAGAAAAUAAUACACAUUAACACCUCCCGAGUGAAGGAGAAAAACUUUUUGCCUGAGACAUAAAACCUUUUUUUAAUAAUAAAAUAUUGUGCAAUAUAUUCAAAGAAAACACAAAUAAGCAGAAAACAUACUUAUUUUAAAAAAGAAAAAAAAGGAUAAAAAAACCCAAACUGAAAUUCUGUAUAUGUUGUGUCUGUUACAAAUGUCCUAGAAGAAAUCAUGCAGCUAAACAAUGAAGAAGCCCAACUGGAGUGUUGCUUUGAAGAUGACGCCUUCUUACAUUUUCACAGCAAAUGGGUGGUAUCAAAAUCAGACAUUGCUUCUUGCUGAUAAAAAGCCUGAAGGAAAUAAGUGAAACUACAUCUAUGGGAAAAAAAAAAAACAUUGAGAAGUGCAAAUGUUCGCAUCCUUUUGUUUUUAAAAGAUACGAUGUCAGAAUAAAAUGUGGAAAACAUACGGAAAA